CCUGCCUUGUUGCACUACAACAACAAAGCUACCAACACAGCACAGCCAUGGCCGAGUUAAACCGACAGCUACAGGAAUAUUUGGCGCAGUCCAAAAGCGGCGCCAAGACCAUCUCACAGUCCAGCUCCAGCACGGCCAUUAACAUCGAUGAGGAACCCGCCGCAGUCCCGGGGAGCUGGUUCGGCAGGUGGUCGAGUCCCUUUCCCGGACUGAGCAGCCGCGGAGCUCCGGCAGGCCCGGCGCAGAGCAGCGGCUUUUCCUGGCCGUGGUCCGCGGAGCCGGAUCCAUGUCUGCCGUCCAUGAGUCGCUCUCAGCGGCUGGUAGCUUUCGGUACGUGCGUGUUGUUCUCAGCCAUAUGUUUCGGACUGUCGGCUCUCUACGCCCCUCUGCUCUUGCUGAAGGCUCGGAAGUUCGCCCUCCUCUGGUCCCUCGGCUCUUUAUUCGCCCUCCUGGCCGCCGCGGUGCUCCGGGGGCCGAGCAAACUCCUGGGCAGCCCGAGCCCCGGAACCGCGGUGUAUCUCUGCGCGCUGGGCGGGACCCUGUACGCGGCGAUGGGGCUCCACAGCACGGUGCUCACCGCGCUGGGGGCCUUGGUUCAAAUCGGCGCAAUCGUGGGCCAAGUGGUGGCGCUGCUGCCGGGAGGGAGCGCUGGAAUGCGGUUUGUUGGAGGCUUGGCAGCCUCGGCCAUCAAAAGAACCGUGACUGGCAAAACUAUGCCGAUUUGAGCCCCGGUUUGGGGAGAAUGGACAGGACUGGACUACACUGACUCUGUGGACUGAUACACUGAUCUGGGGUUAUUAAACAAAGCAGAUUUUUUCAGUGAAGCUGGAUCAAUCAAACGUGAGAAUUGUCCUAUUUAGUAAUUACAACAGCCUUCACUACUUCUGUUAAACAGGCUUGACUUCGGGCUUAAGUUAUCUGGCUAACUGAGAGGAGACACCUCUGUGAAGGACUCACAUUUUGAGAGGUUUCACAAAUCAUGAUUUGACAGUAAAGCUGAAUGACUUUUGCCAAAAGUGAGUGUGCAAUAGGAAUGGCCUUUAUUGAUCAGGCUUGACCUUGGGCUUAAGUUAUCUGGCUAAAUGAGAACUUCCGUGAAAUACUCAACUAGGGAGAGUUUCUCAAACCAUGAUUUCUCAUUAAAGAUGGCCAAGAUAAGCCAAAACUGAAGACUGUCCAAUAGGAGUGACCUUUGGCUCAAGUUAUCUGGCUAACUAAGAGAAUCCCCCUCUGUGAAACACUGGAGGGAGUUUCAGAAAGCAAGAUUUCUUGUUAAGAUGGUCAGCAUAAGCCAGAAAUGAGUACUGCCCAAUAGGAAUGAUCUUGUAUUGGUCAGGCUUUGGGCUUAAGUUAUCUGGCUAACUAAGAGAAUCCACUUUGGUGAAAUACUGAACUAGAAGGAGUUUCAGAAAGCAUCUUGUUAAGAUGGUCAGCCAAAAGUGAGGACUGUUCAACAGAGGUCAGGCUUUACUUUGGGCCCAAGUUAACUGGCUAGUUAAGAGAACCCACCUCUGAAACACUCACAAAACAGGAUUUCUCAGUAAAGCUGGAGAACCCAACCCUGAGUAAGGACUGUUCAAUAGAUACAACCUUUGCUUUAUUGGUCAUGCUUGACUUUGGGCUGAAGUUGUGUGGCUAACUGAGAGAAUCACUUCUGUGAACUAUGCUCUUAGGGCGUAGAGAUGGCCAGCAUAAGCCAAAAGUCAGGAUUGUCCAAGAGGAAUGGCCUGUUAUUGGUCAGGCUUGACUUUGGGCUUAAGUUAACUGACUAACUGAGAAAAUCUGUGAAAAACACACCACAUUUUUACUCCUGUUUGCAGUUACCAGUAGACAUACUGUAAUUCUGGAACAGUGUUAUGCUGCACUAAUCUGGAUUAAUGGGAUUAAUUCAGAUUUUUCUUCACUGUGAAAAGUUAAAUAGGACCAAGGUCAAGGCAAAAGACUUUGAUGUUCAUCUGAGUGUGACCAUGUUCACUUCAAGCACACACAACAGAUUUUUACCUUUGUAAAUAAACAUGGACUGUAAUGUA